GCCCCGCUCCGCCUGGUAGCGCCUUCCUUCCCCCGCUCCAGCGCCUGCCAGUCUAGCACAGCCAAGUGUCACAUGACCGCAGCUCGGCCUGGAAGGCCAGAGCGAAGCUCUCCCGGAACAGCUCCUUCUCAGCUCUGAACUGCCCUCAUCCUACUGCACCUGAAGCCAUUGUCACGUGGCCUCUGCUCGGGCCCCCUAGCCUAGACAAGGCUGAAUUAGGUCAGAUCCCUGUGAAUCUGAAGGAGCUGUAACCCUUGAGGGUCUCUGUUACUCACCAGGCCACCUCCGGGAUUCUGAGAUUCGCUGGAGCUUCAGCAAGUGAGGCCUUCAGACAAGAGGAGUAUUUUGUGCUGGGGACUCAGGGGAAGGAGAGGAAGAGGGCCUAGGCCUGGGGCUCAGGGGACAAGCCUGCUGAAAUCUAGAAACGGGUAACAUGGGGGCUCUGGGGACCCUUUCUCUGGCCUUAACUGUAGGCCUGAGCAUUGCUGGCCCACCUAACAUUGUGCUUAUUUUUGCUGAUGACCUUGGCUAUGGGGACCUGGGAUCUUAUGGGCACCCCAGUUCUACCACUCCCAACCUGGACCAGUUGGCUGCAGGGGGACUGCGGUUCACCGACUUCUAUGUGCCUGUGUCUCUGUGCACACCUUCUCGGGCUGCCGUCCUGACUGGCCGGCUCCCAGUUCGGACAGGCAUGUAUCCUGGAGUCCUGGGGCCCACCUCCCGGGGUGGUCUGCCCCUGGAUGAGGUGACCCUGGCUGAGAUCUUGGCUGUUCGAGGCUAUCUUACAGGGAUGGCUGGCAAGUGGCAUCUUGGAGUGGGGCCAGAAGGUGUCUUCCUACCCACACAUCAGGGUUUCCAUCGGUUUCUAGGCAUUCCAUACUCCCACGACCAGGGUCCUUGCCAGAACCUGACCUGCUUCCCACCAGCCACCCGAUGCAGUGGUGGCUGUGACCAGGGCCUGGUUCCUAUCCCAUUGUUGGCCAACUUAUCUGUGGAGGUACAACCCCCCUGGCUGCCUGGACUAGAAUCCCGCUAUGUAUCUUUCUCCCGAGAGCUCAUGGCUGACGCCCAGCGCCAGGGCCGCCCAUUCUUCCUAUACUACGCCUCCCAUCACACCCACUACCCUCAGUUCGGUGGACAAAGCACAGGGUGCUCGGGCCGCGGGCCAUUUGGGGACUCCUUGAUGGAGCUGGAUGCAGCUGUGGGGGCCCUGAUGACAGCCGUGGAGGACCUGGGUUUGCUUAGAGAGACACUGAUCAUCUUCACUGCAGACAAUGGACCUGAGUUGAUGCGUAUGUCCCGUGGCGGCUGCUCUGGCCUCCUGAGAUGUGGAAAGGGAACGACCUUCGAAGGUGGUGUUCGAGAGCCUGCCUUGGCCUUCUGGCCAGGCCACAUCGCUCCUGGUGUGACCCAUGAACUGGCCAGCACUCUGGAUCUGCUACCCACACUGGCAGCUUUGACUGGAGCUCCACUGCCUAACAUCACCUUGGAUGGUGUUGACCUCAGUCCCUUGCUACUAGGCACAGGCAAGAGCCCUCGGCAGUCUCUAUUCUUCUACCCGGCCUACCCAGAUGAGGUCCAUGGGGUCUUUGCUGUGCGGAGUGGAAAGUUCAAGGCUCACUUCUUUACCCAGGGCUCUGCCCACAGUGACACCACCACAGACCCUGCCUGUCAUGCUGCCAGCUCUCUGACUGCUCAUGAGCCCCCACUGCUCUAUGACCUGUCUGAAGACCCUGGUGAGAACUACAACCUUUUGGAAAGUGUGGCUGAGGUCUCCCCAGAGGCUCUGAAGGCUAUGAAGCACCUCCAGCUGCUGAAGUCCCAGUAUGAUGCAGCAAUGACCUUUGGCCCCAGCCAGAUGGCCAAGGGUGAAGACCCUGCCCUGCAGAUCUGCUGUCAGCCAAGCUGCACUCCCUACCCAGCCUGCUGCCACUGCCCAGAUUCCCAGGCCUGAGAAUACUGGCCAAGUCACAGGGGACCCCCAAGGCCAGCCUGGGGACCCUGGAUAAGCCCUGGGUAGUGAUAGUUCACCACCAUGAGAAGCAGGAAGAAGUGUGUGAUUGUACCUAAUAAUGUCAUAACACCAGCUGAGACUUGCAGAUGUGAUAAUUCAUCUAACUCUCAUGCUAACCCUGAGGUCCAUGCUAUUCUUCAGUACUGCAAAUGAUGAAACAGGCACAGAGAAGUUUAGGGACCUGUCCUAAAUACAAGGUCAUUCUACCAGAAAAAGCAUGGUCUAAAGAUUUGAACCUAGACAUUCUGGAUAUUGAAACAACACCAGUCUUGUGAUUUGCAUGCACCCAUACACACCUUGUUUGAGUAUAGAAGCUGUACAUGCUUUUACAUGACAGGAACUGGAGAAGGGAAGGAGAUGAAAGAGUUGUAGUCAGCAGUCCUUGAAGAUGCAAAAUCCCUAGAAGACAUGUUUUCCCAAGGGAGAAGCAUGCCUAGAGGUACUAGAGCUGGCUGCCUUGGUUCACAGAAAACUUGUCUGGAGUUAGGUGAUGCAUUCCAGUUGGGGUCAAGUGAUUAGGGACAUUGCCAUCUUUUAGGAAGGCAUAUCAGCAGCUCCCGAGACAGGCCCAUGAGGCCAUCAUGCUAAGAAUAAAACUCAAACUCUGUUCAGUGACCACUAUGCACUUGGGCCAUACAGCACCCUUUACCUCUCAGUUAUGGGAGGCUGGCUCCACUGACAAUAUUCUACUGUUGGCCAUUGCCGAGGGGUUCCUUCUGACUGCCAACCUGUGUUUGCAUGGCAUGGUGUACUGUCAUGCCUAAAUAUGUCACAUGCCAGGUGUUCCUCAGUAUUGGUCACAUAAGAUCAGUGCCAUCUGUUCUGGCACAUUUGCCUUCAUUACUAAUGGAUCUUCACUUCUUUCACUGGGAACAAAGCCCCCUUGACCUUGAGGCAGCCACUCCCUGAACCAAGAGGGUGCUGGCCAAUCUGAGUAAAUUAUAUCCAAGUGAUUGGUCCAAGAGUGGCAUGUGACCAAGAACCUUUAUAGUGAAAAGUUGGGGGCCCUGGAUGCAGCAUGUUGCUGGCCUUUGGGUGGAACCAUGCAGUUGUUAAACCAAUGCUUCCAGCUGCCUGCCUGCAGAGCAUCAAAUGUAAGAAAGUAAAACAUUUUUGUUUGCACCA